AGCUGGCACAAGGUCGUGAGAUUGGGAAGUCAAGCUAUCUGCAUACUUUUUAACGUUUUGUAAACUUUAUAUUUAAGAUGAUUAAUUAAAGAAUAUUACGAGUACUAUACUAGUACUAGGACAUGUGCAAGUGCUUAGUACUAGUACAGUGAUAGUGCUGAAUUGUUGAAUAUUUCUUAAUACGAAGAAUACCAACAUUAAGAGUAUGCAGACACUUGUCCUGGCUCUGCUUUUAACGACCCUCUCCUUUGGGGUGCGGGACUCAGAAGCAGCGGCUUGUGCUGGCUGUGCAGGGUGUGACUGCAGUGGUGUAAAAGGAGGAAGGGGUGACAGAGGCACCCCUGGGCUACCAGGCCCUCCAGGGGUCCCGGGGUUCCCCGGCCCAGAGGGAGGCGUUGGGCCCGGUGGAGAGAAGGGUAACGAUGGAAUUCCUGGUGCGACUGGCCCAAAAGGAAUCAGAGGUCCCACCGGGCUGCCUGGUUUCCCAGGAACCCCAGGUGUGCCGGGUCUGCCGGGAAGUGACGGGCCGCCUGGACUGAGGGGCAUCCCAGGGUGCAACGGGACGAAGGGGGAUCGUGGGAUCUCUGGGGGUUCUGGCCAUCCUGGCAUACAGGGGCUGCAGGGUCCUCCUGGUUUACCAGGCCCCAAGGGAGAACCUGGUGAGAUUUUGGGGACACCACAACAUUCCUCAGGGAGAGGAGAGCCAGGAACUCCAGGUCAACCAGGAGUUUCUGGACCUCCAGGACCUCCAGGACUUGCUGGUCCAGUUGGCCCUCCUGGCCCGUCAGGUUAUGAGGGACGUCCUGGGUCUCCAGGUCCUCCAGGGCCCAAGGGUAACAUGGGCCUGAACUUCCAGGGCCCAAAAGGAGAGAAGGGUCUAUCAGGUUUGCCAGGUCCUCCGGGUCCCCCGGGUAUAAUCGGUGAACAGACGAGGCCAAGGGAUUAUGAUGUACAUAGAGGAGAAAAGGGUGAUCAGGGCGUGCCUGGCCAGCCUGGGGAACCGGGCCUCCCUGGACCUCCGGGUGCGUCUGGCGGCUACCGAGGCGAGAAAGGGGAACCUGGAGAAGCAGGGAAACGGGGCAAGCCAGGCAAAGACGGAGACCCAGGGCCAGCAGGGUACCCGGGCCAGAAGGGGGAGGCAGGCAUCCCGGGCCUGUCCGGCCGUGAUGGAGAGAAGGGUGAAAAAGGGGAUCGUGGGUACCCCGGGGCUCCAGGGCCGGUGAUUGGAGGUCAUGGGGGAUCUGGUGCCGUCGGUCAGAAAGGUGAAAGCGGCUUUCCUGGAAUACCUGGGGCCAAAGGAGACCGAGGACCACAAGGCUUAUCAGGACCUCCGGGACAGCCAGGAGCACCAGGUGGACAGGGUGGAGGCUCUGCUGGGCAGCCUGGUUUUCCAGGGGAGAGGGGACAGAAGGGAGACUCAGGUCAGCCAGGGGUCUCCAUACCUGGACCCCCAGGUAGAAAUGGACUGCCUGGUGGCCCCGGAGCCCCUGGUCCCCCCGGAGCCCCAGCAGCAUCGGGCCCUUGCGGAAACUGCCUUCCUGGGGCCCCAGGAUUACCUGGCCUGCAGGGAGAGCAGGGUUACCCUGGAGGCACUGGACAGAAAGGUGAAAAGGGAGACACUUGUAUCAACUGCUUCUCCAACAACAUCUCCAUUCCUGGAGCGCCCGGACCCCCGGGCCCCCCUGGAUUUUCAGGCAAUCCCGGUGGGCCAGGGGCCAAAGGGGACCGAGGUUACCCUGGACCAGCAGGGUCGCUCGGAGCACCGGGUUCGCCUGGGUCAGUGGGCGCGCCUGGACAUCCAGGACAGAAGGGAGAGCCUGGAAAUGCUAUUUCGGUGGAGGGGGUUAGGGGGGAAAAGGGCGACACUGGAUUCCCAGGGUCCCCUGGCUUACCUGGGCUAGACGGAAGACCGGGCCUCGAUGGAGCACCUGGAGCACCUGGGCCCAAAGGCACAUCUGGAUCCCUGUUGGUGAAAGGUGAACGUGGGCCCCCGGGAUUGCCUGGGACCCCAGGUCUCCCAGGAGAUAGAGGAGCGCAAGGUGCUCCUGGAUUUGGCCCCCAAGGGCCCACAGGAGAGAAGGGUAUCCAGGGUACGGCAGGGAGGACAGGGGCACCAGGUGUACCAGGUGCCAAAGGUGAACCUGGCCAAACACGGUCAGAGAAAGGUGCACUUGGACCCCCAGGACCUGCUGGAGAAUCAGGCCUUACAGGCGCUCCAGGUGCCCCCGGACUGCCUGGGGCACCCGGAUUCAAUGGAUCACCUGGAGCAAAGGGGGAUCCUGGAAUUCCCGGCAUUGGAUUACCAGGUGCUCCGGGAGAGAAAGGAUUCCCAGGAGCUCCAGGGCAGCCUGGAACGCCCGGUGGCCCAGGCCGCCCAGGAUUGGACGGCCUCCCCGGAUCACCCGGAGCACCAGGUGGAAAGGGCGAGCCCGGAUACGGGUUGCCAGGUGCUCAGGGUCCACCAGGAUUUUCCGGUGCUAAAGGAGUCCCUGGACCAAAGGGAGACCCUGGAUACCCAGGGGGCCCCGGAGGCCCUGGCCGGAAUGGGUUUGAUGGAGGCCCAGGACCCAAAGGUGAUUCAGGUGUUCCUGGCAUCCCUGGAGCUCGUGGAUCUCCAGGUGCUCCUGCUUUUGGUGGCCAAGGCCCCCCUGGACCUCCUGGACCCCCAGGACCUGCGGGUGCUCCAGGAUACUCUGGGGGACCUGGUGCGAAAGGUGACCCUGGAGCCCCAGGACUGGACAUCCCAGGGCUGCCAGGAGACAGAGGUAGUCCUGGUAUCCCUGGAUCCCCAGGACCUGUGGGCCCACCUGGACCUUCAGCAGGGUUAGGCCGAGAUGGGCUGCCUGGAUUUCCUGGUGCCAAAGGAGACCCGGGGCCAAUUGGACCACCUGGCCCUCAAGGAGCCCCAGGACCCAGCGGAGGUCCAGGAUUCCCUGGUGGAAAAGGUGACAACGGCUUUCCUGGGCUUUCGGGAGGCCCAGGUGGUCCUGGGCAUAAGGGAGAAAGGGGUUCUCCUGGUCAGCCUGGCGCCCCUGGCCCAACCAUACAACCUAUAGAAGUGAAGGGAGCUAAGGGAGAUCCAGGUGGUCCAGGUGCGGGAGGAUUGCCAGGACAGAAAGGUGCCCUUGGUCCCCCAGGUGAUGCCGGAAAUCCAGGGUUGGAUGGCCAGCCAGGUUUACCAGGACCUGCAGGCAUUAAAGGAGAUCCUGGAGCUCCAGGUCUGCCAGGGUCCCCCGGAGCACCUGGAGCGAAAGGCAACGCCGGAGAUCCAGGAUACCCAGGUCCCGCUGGUGUGAAGGGUGACUCAGGAUUGCCCGGUGGCUCGGGUUUGCCCGGACAGCCUGGGUCCCCCGGAUUCCCCGGUGCUAAGGGUGAUGCCGGCGCUCCUGGGUUUGGAGCUCCAGGAAGUCCCGGUGUCAAGGGUGACCCAGGUCAGCCUGGAUUUCCAGGGGGUCCAGGACCUAAAGGAGAGGCUGGUAGCUCAGGUCUGCCCGGACUGCCUGGUGGACCUGGAGUCAAGGGUGACCCUGGCUUUCCCGGACUUCAAGGUGGACCGGGAGCUCCAGGUACGAAGGGAAUUGAUGGAGGUCCAGGUGCCCCAGGGCUGGAUGGAGCCCCUGGUCGACCAGGAGAGCCGGGGCGCCCCGGGGGCCCUGGAGCCCCAGGAGAGAAGGGCCAACCCGGGCGAGAUGGCAUCCCAGGACCUGCAGGACUGAAGGGAGACCCAGGUCUGCCUGGCGGUGGACAUCCUGGAGCCCCUGGCCUUCCUGGACUACCGGGUCCAAAGGGAGAUCUUGGACCAGCUGGAAAUCCUGGAUCCCCUGGCUAUCCUGGGGCAAAGGGAGAUGCAGGGCUCCCAGGCCUGCCUGGUACGCCAGGUAGCCUUGGCCCCCCUGGGCCCCCCGGUCUGGCCCACGUGGGACCCAAAGGUAACCCAGGGGCCCCGGGCUUUCCAGGAAAGGCUGGUGGCCCGGGUCCUGUAGGCCCCCAGGGGCCCCCAGGUCCUGGAGGGUAUAGAGGAGAGAAGGGGGCACUUGGAGCACCUGGCACAUCUGGCUUCCCUGGAGCUAAAGGAGAGCGAGGAGCCCCUGGGUUUUCGGGCUCACCUGGCCUUCCCGGACCUGCAGGCCUGAAAGGUGACGUGGGGCUCCCUGGAGUCCCUGGAUUCCCAGGUGUGAAGGGACAGUCUGGUAUCCCUGGAUCGUCAGGUACCCCAGGAGAACCCGGAGAUUCUGGUCUUCCAGGGUUGCCCGGUGACCCUGGCCCGGUCUCAGCACCCAUUGUCCUGAAAGGGGAGCGCGGUCCCCCCGGGGGUUCUGGGAUCCCAGGCGGACGAGGGCCUCCCGGACCCCCAGGGUUAAACGGGCUGUCGGGAUCACCAGGAAGCCCUGGUGACCCGGGUCCAGAUGGCCCUCCAGGGUUCAAUGGCCCCUCAGGACGCAAAGGAGACACAGGGCCAGCUGGAGAACCAGGUCAGCCUGGGUUCCCAGGCCCUCCAGGCCCAGAUGGGACCCAGGGGCCCCCAGGCCUGCCCGGAUCGUCCACUGGGGCUCAUGGUUUCCUAGUCACCCGACACAGUCAGUCCACGGACGUUCCUUUCUGCCCGGAUGGCACCAGCCUGAUAUACGAUGGCUACUCACUGCUGUACGUGCAGGGCAACGAGAGGGCCCAUGGGCAGGACUUGGGAACGGCUGGCAGCUGUCUGCGCAGGUUCAGCACCAUGCCCUUCAUGUUCUGCAACAUCAACAAUGUCUGCAACUUCGCCUCCCGCAAUGACUACUCCUAUUGGCUGUCCACACCCCAGCCCAUGCCCAUGAACAUGGCGCCCAUCACCGGUGACACCAUCAAACCCUUCAUCAGCAGGUGUGCGGUGUGUGAGGCUCCUGCAAUGGUGAUCGCUGUGCACAGCCAAACGGUCCAGCUUCCUUCCUGUCCACGAAACUGGGAGCCACUGUGGAUCGGAUACUCAUUCAUGAUGCACACAAGUGCCGGGGCGGAGGGGUCAGGUCAGGCCCUGGCGUCUCCUGGAUCCUGUCUGGAGGAGUUCCGCUCCGCCCCCUUCAUUGAGUGUCAUGGGCGUGGCACCUGCAAUUACUAUGGCAACUCCUACAGCUUCUGGCUUGCCACUGUGGAUAUUAAUGACAUGUUCAGGAAACCGCCCUCGGAGACGCUAAAGGAAGGGAACCUGCGCACGCGCGUCAGCCGCUGCGUGGUGUGUAUGAAGAGGACGUAACGCCAGAGCGCCAUCCGCUGGGCACAAACGCAAACAGCCACGAGGACCAAUAUUCGGACGGUGGGCGCGGUUCCGGCAUCGCCACGGUGACGUCUGGAUCCCAACUGAAUGGUGCUACUGUACAACGCGGCAACAAACCAAUAAAGCUGAAAACGAGCGGAACCAUUUUAUGAAAUUAAUUACCUCAAAAAAGGUGCCGUUGAUGUCUGAUAAAGGUGCAUUUUUCUGUUCUCUUUCUGGGGGCGUUUUUUUUCCCUUUUCAAUAUACUUUUUUUUCUUUUUAUUUUGAUGUUUGUACACAUUUUACAAGGUGCUGUUGAUAGGAGAGGACUUGUCUCCAACAUGGCACUUUGAGUUAUGACACCAGAGAGAGGACAUGCACUGAAAAGACUAGUGUGACUGCUUUUUUUAUUCUUGUACUUCAGAAUUUUUGUUUAAUUUCUUUAUAGCUUUGUUUUCUCAUGGCAUCAACACUGCUGCGCUCUCACAUACAAGCAUUUCCUUUCUGUUUUGUAAUUAAUGAAAUCUGUAUAUUGUGUAAAACGGUUUUUAUAGUGCAGAACAUGAAACACAUUUUACUGUUUGAAUUGUUGCUACAUAUUUACUUAAAAUCUUCUAACACACGUAUGCACACACACACACACACACACACACAUACUGUAUAAACAAAGGGUAUACAAAUGAAACAGUAUUUUUUCAAGAAAUCGGAGACAUUGUCACACAUUUAGAUUUUUUAUUUACCAUUUUGUGGUAUAAAAAGGUGUCUGAUCGCCUUUUGUCAACAAAAUGCCACAGUAAGGAUCUGAUCCGCAUUUAAAAAUAUUUUUUUCUGUUUUAUUAAUGUGAUUUUAAGGGGGUUCGAUCUCAUUUCAAUGAAAAAGUGACCAUGGUCAUAAUAUAAACCCAUACAUGUUAGAAUGUGUAUGUUUGCUUGCCAUUGUCUUGCUGUCCCUAUCUCUGUACAUAGUAUGAACAUGGACAGCAAGAACAAUAACAGCAAACCAUUUGUGUUGACAGUUGAAACCCUUCGAAAGUGAUCUAGGGUCAUAUAUGUAUUCUUUUAAAAAAUCUGUUUUCUUCAUGUUUAUUACCCAGUUGUUGACUUUUAAAGGUGGAAAUAAAAAUAAAAGUUGAAAAUGGUC